AUGGCCGCACCAUCAGGAAACGCUGGCUGGGCCCAGCUCCGUCAACAGGCCCGAACACUAGAGACGCAGACCGAGAGCUUAUUCCACACGUAUUCGCAAUUCUCAGCAGCCACAUCGAUCCCCCCCAAACCGACACAAGAGGAGCGCACCGCAGAGACCAAGAUUGAGGAGCUGCUAGAAAAGCGCGAAUCCACCAUCAGCCAGCUCGCCCGCCUGCUCGACUCGGAAGCGGCGCUCACGUCGUCGGCGCUCAAGCAAAACAACCUCGCGCUGCUGCGGGAGAAGCUGUCGGCGCACAAAAAGGACCUCGGGCGGCUGCGCGCCAACCUGCAGCACGCGCGCGACCGCGCCAACCUCCUCACCAACGUGCGCUCCGACAUUGACGAGUACCGCGCCAACAACCCGGCCGCCGCCGAGGCCGAGUACAUGCUCGACGAGCGCCGCCGCAUCGACAACAGCCACGGCAUGGCCGACAGCGUGCUCAGCCAGGCGUACGCCGUCAACGACAGCUUCUUGGUGCAGCGCGAUACGCUCGCCAGCAUCCAGCGCCGCAUCACGGGCGCCGCGAGCCAGGUGCCCGGCAUCAACACGCUGAUUGGCCGGAUAUCGGCCAAGAAGCGGCGGGACGGCAUCAUCAUGGGCAGCUUCAUUGCCUUUUGCUUUGUGUUUUUCUGGUUCUUCUUGUAA